GGGGCUUUUCUGUCACCGCUGCAGCAUGGAGGCCGAGUGGGCCGAGGUCCGCGCCUUGGAAGCUGAGAUAGCAGUCCUGAGGCGGGCCUGCGGGGAGCCGCCGGGGCCCCAGGGAGAGACCUCCGGAACUCGAAAAGCAGUUCAAGAAAUAUACCAGUCAGAUCCUAAAGGAUGGGAGUCUUCACAAGAUCUGAGACUUCAACUUGGACAUUUAGAAUCUGAACUUUCAUUUCUAAGUACACUUACUGGCAUCAAUAUAAGAAAUUACUCCAAGGAAACAGAGGACCUAACAAGCACUGAGAUGACAGAAAAGAAUAUAAAGAAAGUUCUUCAAAAACACAGAUUAUCGGGAAAUUGCUGCAAGGUUACAUUUCAACUUGAAUUUCAGAUUCUGGAAAUUCAGAAUGAGGAGAGCUUAUCUUCUGUUGUUACUGACCUCAACAUAAUAAUGGAACCCACAGAAUAUUCAGAAUUAAAUGGAUUUGUGUCUAGAGCAGAAGAAAGAAGAGAUCUUUUCAUGUUUUUCAGAAGCCUACACUUUUUUGUGGCGUGGUGUGAAUAUCGUAAGCGCACAUUUAAGCAUUUCAAGGAAAAAUACCCACACGUGGUACAGCUCCCCGAAGGCGCCUCCUCCAGCUGCAUGGGGAUCCGGAGUGCCAGCCAGCCUGGGUUUGAAUUAGUAAUUGUUUGGAGGAUACAAAUAGAUGAAGAAGGGAAGGUUUCGCCAAAGCUGGAUCUUCUAACCAAAAUCCCAAAGCAAGCCCUGGCGCUGGACGAGAAGAGAGUUAUAGAAAGUGCCCCACACAGCUUCCGGACCCUGCUAGGGGUGCUUGGAAUUGAAGCCUCUCUAGAAAGCCUGAUACAACUAUUUUGCGUGAAGAAGAAUGACUAGUUCCCAGACACUGAACACCAUGGAAAUAAGAUUCUGCACUAGGCAGUUUAUAAUUUUAUUGAAUAUAAACAUUUGCUAUUUUCUGUUCAGAAACCAAACCCUUAAAACAUGCUGUCUAUGCAGUUAUGGCACAUUAUAUAUAAAUUGUCAUGACAGGAAAAAUAAAUACAGCUAUUUAAAUACAAAAGGCCAAAUAAAAGUGACGUGUAUA